AUGCCUACCCAGCAAGAAAUUGAGUAUUAUAGGAACAAGCAUCAGCGGAUGAAUAAGGAAAGAUUCUUCGCUGCUAAUAUUCUGGCAUUAGUCACUCAUGCUGUCACACAACCACUCGAUUUAAUUAAGGUCAGAUCUCAGAUGCUUCAAGAAGGAAGGACAUUCUAUGGGCUCGGAACUCAAAGAGGUAGCAACCCAUUUGCCAUUUUCAGAGAAAUUAAUAAAUCUGGAGGUUCUUACAAGACUUGGUUCACUUCAUACGAAGGGUUCUUUGCUAGAACUUUUGCAUACACGACAGCAAGAAUUUCAUGCUAUCUUUGGUUCUUUGAUAGACUCAAUAAAGACCCAAGGAGGUAUGCCAGGCCAGAUAGACAAGCGAUGGCUGGAAUUGCUGGAGGUCUAGUUGCAGGUAUUCUAACUAACCCAAUUGAGAUUGUCUACGCAAGAAUGCAAGUAGAUGAUCUCUAUCCAAAGGGAUACAAGAGAGGCUAUAAAACUUUCUAUGAAGGCUUUAUGAAAACAGCCCAAGAAGGUGCAUUAUUCAGAGGUGCCUUAGCAAACGGACUUAGAAUUGCAGGAUUAAUUACUGGAGCUUAUGCUUUGCAUGAUUGGGUAAAGGAAAAUUUCUACUACUUCUUAGGACCCAUUAUGCUCAACAGGAUCCUUGCUACUCUUGUCGCUAGUGGAGUUGCCACUGUUGCAAGUAUGCCAUUCGACACCCUCAGAAUGAGAUUGUACACACAGAGGCCACUUCCAAAUGGAAAAUGGCCAUAUGGAGGUCUUACUGACUGACUAACAAAGAUUAUGCAAUAUGAAGGAAAUAUCAAGAACCAUGGUAACUUGCAGGCGUUGUACGCAGGAUACCUGUCAUAUUUCGGAAGGUUCUUUGUAAUAGCUUUGGUUUCCCAAUACCUAUUAGACUUUUACGAAGCUGGAUCAUUCACUCCUGAACUGUGGGUGCCAGGAUCAUACAUGCGCACUCCUAAUAUUGCUUUCAACCCAUAUGAUCCUUACACUCUGACAGGAUAUAAAGCAUAUGUGAACAAUAAAACUAUGGAUGCAGCUGAGGAUGCCGAGGCAUCUCUUCCUCAUGAUGUGAAACUCAAGUAUGUCUAA